AAUAAUAAGUAGAUUCGUUCUAGCGAAAAAAAAAUUUGGGGGUUAGGUGCACUUUAAGCGAUCUAUUCGGUGAUUGAGCCGCAUUUGAUCGCUAGCGAACACCGCGAACAAUUUUCGUUGCUCUCUGUCUAGUCUACAGAUGGAAGCUGUACUUUCUACAUUGGAAAAGAGAAAAAUUUCUAGUUUUUCGCAGACCAUGCUAAGGGCUUCCAGUUUUCUGGGAAAGCAUGUUUAUACAAGUUUGUCUCAGUCAAGCGUGGGUGGCUCACAUGAUUAGGACUUCCUGCCUUUCUGGGAAAAUCACAUGCAGUGUUGAUCUCUACUGGGUACUCGAAGCAAUCGAUUUCCAACCUUUAAUUCUGUUUCGUUACUUAGAAAAAUCGAAAAACGGUAAAGAGGAAAACAACGACGACAACAUUGGAGAGCUCUUUUUGUCAAUGGUUUUCCCAAUGUUAACGUUUCUCCCACCUUCUGGCGGAGCGGUUUAAUUAUGUCAUCAUAAUUAGCUGUUUUCUAGAAAACCGUUCUCAAAAUAAACAUCCACACCCAAACGCCCUGCGCUCUGUGAUUGGCUGAACACCAUGAUCAGGUGAUUUAUGACGGUGAUGCAGCAAAGUAAUUUACCAUUUGAACGACGCUUACACCUGGAUCGCUGCUUGACAUCUUAUCCACAUUUCUGGCUUCAGCGUGGAGGCACACCUCAAAGCGUAGACCUUUAGCUGACGUACAGCACCGACGAGUAAUAUACCUGCAACGAGUCAAACGAUUAUGGCUGCAAACAUGAAUGCCGUUAUAUAUUCUGUAAUCUUCUGCUUUCUUGAACACGCAGUUGAUGCUGGUCCAAAAGUCUGUCACGCUUGCGCUGAAAAUGAUGAAGCUACUUGCAUCUUGAAUCAGUUUAGCCAGACGUGUGCCACUGACCGAAAUUCACUCGGUACAACUCAUUGUGGUUCAGCUGUUGGGACAUAUCGCGACGCGUAUGGAUUCGUCUACACGGGCGUUAUUCGAGGGUGUAUUGAUUGUGCAGAUAAAAAAGCAGCAUGUUUCGCUCUUGGCGGCGCUCUUAAAGCACGGGCAUUCUGGACUUUGUUGAAGUGUGAGAUGGACUGCUGUACUGAUAGCAACUGCAACAACCAGACUCCAACUUUGACACAAGCUGCAAUCACUGUGUUUACACCAGAGGAUGCUGGUCCAACACAGUGUUACGCUUGCGCCGAGCGUGAUGCGGCUUCUUGCAGCACGAAUCAGUUUAUACAGACGUGUGCCACGGAUCGAAAUUCCCUCGGUACAACACAUUGUGGCUCCGCGGUUGGUAAAUACCGGGACGAGUCUGGGAAGGUCUUGGAUGGCUUUAUUAGAGGGUGCAUUGACUGCGCAGAUAAAAAGGAUGCAUGUUUUGCUCUUGGCGGCGCUCUUAAAGCACGGGCCUUCUGGACCUUGUUGAAGUGUGAAAUCGAGUGCUGUACUGGCAUAUACUGCAACACGCAGACUCCAACUUUGUCACCAAAUGCGAUCACUGUGUUUGCAUCAGUUGGAACAACUGGACAACAGGUCUCAUUCAGUACCAGAGCCCUUGCCCUUGCACUCUCUUUUGGCAACAUCUUGUACCACUUCUACUGAUGCAGAUGUACUAAUAAAAAUAAGCUGGCGUAGUGUGUUAUUUUACUAAGGAAAAUGAGAGAGGCGAAACAUAUCCCCAAACAAAUAUUCGACUAAAACGUCCGGUUAACCCUUAACUGGGAAAUUUCCUUCAAAAAUGCAAUUUUUUUUCCCGUUAACUCGGUUAUUUGGCUGCCACGACCCUGAAUUGGCCUCAACCUUGCAGAAAAAAGCAAUUUCUUGCCGAGGAGCAAGAUUUCCCUGAGGAUUGGGUAUCAAAAUGUACAACGUUUUACUUUUAAGCAUGCGCAUGAGCAAAAAAUUGGAAUUUUUUUUCUUCUAUGCUGGCCUGAUACGAUUUUUUUUUCUUGUCCUUUUCCUUUACUUUUUCUCGCCCCUUUUACUCUUGCUAGCUUUUCCUCUUCAUAUUCCUUCUGCCAGCCCUAACAAGUUCGGUGUUGAUUAUGAUGAAAGUCUGGAAAUGGAAUCUUGAUCGAUUUUAGGUGUAAUGGGCCAUUUUACCGCCAAUGUUUCCCAGCUCCAUCAAGAAUAGCUAUUGACGCCUAAAUUGAUGACCCCACAGCGGACAAAAACGUCCAUUUGCCAGUUAAAGGGUUAAUUGAUUGAAUUCCAGCGGCGUUUCCAGAGUUUCAGGAAGACAGGACAACUUCUCCUGCUCUCGAAGUAUUCUCAAUUUUUUCCAAAAAUAUCUUACCAUGAUUUUUCUUCCCACAAUUUCCGAAAUUUUUGGUUGAACAGUUUGUUUUAGAAGUUUGAUCUAAAAUGUUCAGAUUUCCUGAAAAUCCCUAGGCAAUUUGGUUACCAUUUUUUCCCUGUUUGAUUUAUCGCCUAAGCAGAUGCCCUUUGGACUAGCGCUUUAUAAUUAUUCGUGACAAGCCUACCAUUUCAAAACUCCGGAAAUUUGGUCGGAUAGAAACCCACUCCAGAGGUCAGAUCAAAUGUAGCUGCGUUAUUUUAGUGCGUUUUGAUCGCCUUUAAAGUAAAAAAAAAAAAAGCAACUAUAAAAUUUCUCGACUUGAGUCAGUAACUUAACAAUCAAUUGUUGACCUUAGAAUAGCCAGACCAGUCUGAGUCAGAACUGAAAUAAAUUUAAAAUCAUCUUCAUCGGAAGAGGCCCAUGUACGGAGGAUCUGUUGCUUUCUCUCAUUUUCUUUUGCUUUAACUCGCUUUAGCGUUUCCUUCUCAUUUGUGUAGGCCAUUCAGUAGAAAAUUAAAAUACAAAAUGGAAACUCGAGUUUUCAGGUGCAAAACUGCCAGCAUGUGUAUGUUACUAGCUAGUUUUAAUACAGUUCUGUAAUAAAACAGUCGGUGUUCUUCCUUA